AUGUCCGAUAACAAUCCCCAGCACCCUGGGGUACGCAGCUUGUUAGCCAAGUUUGAAGGUCAAAGCCCCAUCAUCUCUCCGCCGUCUCGUGGUCGAUCCCCAACCUCAUCAGACUCGUCAGCAACAGUUCGGCAGCUGUCCAGGGUCCGGGCUAGCUUUGUCACUGUGGACGGGGUCAUGCACUCGAAUCCGGCUUCGCCUUUGAGGAAAACAAGUGGGCGUAGCGAUAGUCCAGGCAUGUUUGGACCGAAAAUCAAUUCGGGCAAUGUGGAGUCCGGCCGACAGAAUACGAUCUCCCCCACCCCGCUCAGCCGCCUAGAUCACACACAGAACGCCACUCUGGGACAGAUAAUGGCUCAGGGUCGACCGGAGGAAGCCAUUGAAACCAAGAUUGAACCGAAGGCUACCAAGGAGAAGCCCAUAGCGCGCACUGCAAACACCCCACCAAAACAGACAGAGGGGCCCAUCUCUACGGAUUCCAAGUCGCCAAGCUCAGACACUCCAUCGCAGAAGUCAGAUUCAUCAGGGGGGAUCAAGAAGAAGCCUUCUUCCAUUGGGUCUGCCCGCAGUGCAGCAAGCAAGUCUUCCUCGACCACUGCAGUUUCAACUGGCGCGAAGACGGCUGCUCACAAGACAACCUCCAAGCCCACAGCUCGCGAAGUGGCUAAAGAGCGCGUUAACUCUCUGGCCCACAAACCGAGUCGUGUGUCACUCAAUCCUAAGACGACAGCACGACCAACCCGCGGCCCAGCACCGGUACACGAUGCUUCAAAGCCACAUGCAGCAGGUGUAUCCAGCAAGUCAGGAAUUAAAACCCCACCUAAACAUGUCCGUGUACCUAGCUUGACACAUACGUCCACCCAAGCUUCUGCUGCUAAGCUAGGAAGCACGGCGGUUCCGAGCACUCGCACUACUGCUAGUGCAUCAACCCUCACGAGAAAACCUUCAUCCCUCAAAAGCGCAACUGGAACUCACCCGCGUGCCACUACUCCUAGUGCCAGCAUUCGCAGACAAUCCUCUCGCCCUUCGUUGCCCGCUCAGGCAGCUCAUGAUACAACCACGAAGCCUGUCAAUGAGGGUUUUCUUGCUAGAAUGAUGCGGCCUACUGCUAGCUCUGCGAACAAGUCCCAUCCUUCGGAAAAGACUGAUGCAAAGCCUGUUACUAAGACAUCCUCUGUUUCAAAGGCUCCCAGGCCAUCAACUGGGAGGGUGCCAGACCGUAGUGUCCACCAAGUAAAACCUAAGAGCACCACCGCCCUUCGACUUCAGAGUCAGAAAUCCCAGGCUCUGAACAAGGAAUCUGCACCACAGAAAGAUGGGCAUAAGCCUUCCCAAAAGGAACACGAAAGCGAGAAAGAGAACAUUGGGGAGCCCAUCACAGCCAGUCCGAAGGAGCCUGCAACAGUGGAACCUGCUCCGGUUGUGGCUGUGGAACAGCCCGAGGCUGCUGCCAAGCCAGUCGAGGAGGCCGCUUCCCCUGCUCAGGUUGAGAAGCCUACCCCAGAAGUUUCCAUUGCAUCGACUGAGCCAGCCGAGAAGUCGAUUGAAGUCCCUGAGCCGAUCGUUGAGGAACCAGUAAUUGAGAGCUCCUCUGACCCCGUCCCAAUCAAAGAUGCUACAGAGGUGCCGGCUGAGCCUAUUGAUUCCACCGAAGCCCAGGAUUCAGCUGAGGCUAAGGUGGAUGCUCCUGUUGAGGCCAUUAUUGAGACCAUCGUGGAGGAUGUUGAGGAGGAGAAGGCUGCUGAGACCACCUCCGCAACCGAAGAGACUGCCGCAGAGCCCGUGGCAAUCCCAACAGCUGACGAUGAAGUGAAGGUCGAUGAGAAGCAAGAGCCCUCCAUUCCCGAACCAGAGGUGCUCGAGACUCCGGAAUCAACAGAAGUCCACGUCGAUGCUGAAAAAGAAGACAAUGCGCCAGUGAAGGAGGCUAUUGCCCCUGAAACUUUUGCAGUGGCCUCAGAGGAAAAUUCCACAGAGGCCAAGUCUACUGAGCCUGCUCCUGAUGCACAGUCCGCAGCUGAGGCUGAGUCGCACAAUGUGGCCAUCGACAUUGUCACUCUCGCAUUGAAGUAG